AUGACUUUUACACAGUCUUCGGAUACAUCCGGGAGGUUAAACUAUGCUGGCAGUGGUACAGACCUAAAACGCGUCAUGCCACGGCGAGGUUGUGGACCCAGGUUCAUCCACAAGCCGACAGCAUUGCGCGAGUCUGGAAACAUUGGCCGAACGAGCGCCAAACGCAGUACAGACACUUGUGGAGAUCUACGUAAUACACUGGAUUUGAGGCAUGGCUUCCUAGACGACCAAGCUGGGCCUGCGAAGAUAGAUCAUGCAGCCGAGAAGGAACCAACCAUCAAGGAGUCGGACUCAGUCCUAAAGAAGCGGGCGUUCAAAAAGAAAGAGGCACGCGCUGAGCGAAAUGCGAAGAACCGUAUCUUUGGGAAGUACGAGGAGCAAGUCAUGAACGAAGUGCGUACAGCCAAAGAGAAAACAAACAUCAGGGUGACACGCUCAGUCACGAAGAGGCGGGCUGCCACAAAGGAGCAGAUGAAGCUCGGUGAAGACGUCAUGUUCACCGUACAGCAGGCUAUUGCCAUAUACGAGAGACAAGAAAAGGAUGGUUUUCCAUUGGAUCUAUAA